AGCAGUUGCAGUUUAGCGUUAAAAGCCCCGCGAUGUCCUCCUCCCUCGCCGCCACAGCGACGCCUCUUCUUUUUCCCGAUGACGAUGGCGGCGGAUGAAUGCAAGCGAUAAAGAUCAGCACGGAGGUUGCUUCUCCAAUGCCAUCAGAGCCCUCCUCCGUAAUGGUCGUAGGAAAAGGGGCGACCUCAGAGGCGAUUGCCGCAAGGAAGGAAAUCGAAGAAAACGAGAUCCCUAAUGCGGUGGCGGCCCCGGAGUAGCUCGAUUCGUCUUGCGUUUGCCGUCUGCGCCGGUGGAGGGGGAAAUGCGGACGGGGUGGGUGGAAGAGUCGGCGGAGGUCACCGAUCUGUGGUGGUCUCUGAUCUCUGUGCGGAAUCGAGGAGGAGAAGCUCUCCCGCUGGUUCCCCUCCGUCGAUGCGACUUUCUCUGCGCCGAGAUCUGCGAAGAGGCGGUCCAGAGGUCCCGCGAAGGGCAUCAAAGUGAUGGCUGAUCGAAGGCUUCAAAUUUUCGCCAAUUAGGGAUCAAUACGAACCGUAAAAGAACACCAGAGCUACCAAAAAAAAGAAACAAGGUCAAGUUCAUCUGCUCAUUCAUGAAAGAUGCCCGCAACUCAAUAUCUGAAUCAAGAUUUACCCUGAAAGAACUCAACAGUAGAAACUCUUCGGAGUUCACCAAAACUUGGAUGUUAAUGCAAACACCACUUCGAUCGAUGGUAUGUCUCUGUAUCACUUUGCUCGGUUUCUUUCUUGAUUAAUGCUUCAUUAUAGUCAUUGGAAAACUGCAAGCUUGGAUUUUUCUAGGCUCGAACGUAUUUAGGUUGGGCAAGUGCCAAAUUUUCCUGAAUGUCAAUGCAAACAUCUGUCUCUACUUGAGAUUCAUAUAUGCUAGAGAUGUAGAUGAGCACAAGGGAGGAAAAAAAGGUUAGCUCUAGAGCUUGAAAACUUCUCCUCCAUUGUUGUAGCCCAUGUUCAUCUCCAAAGUGGAUAUGAAUUGUUUUCCUGUUGCACAUCCCUUAGUUUUCACCAGAUCUUGCUUAAGCUCCUCUGUAGUUUUGAAUUGAGUUUGUUGGCCUUUCGAUUCUCCAUUCGUAUUCAAAAUUAUCAAAUUCGGGCCGAACUCAAAUAUAUUUGAUAAUUUUUUUCGAGCUGAAUUUCAACCCAUACUAUUUUGUUUGAUUCUUCAUGAGUCGUUCGCGAACUGAGCUCUAGUUAUUUUUACACAAUUUUAAUUUACAUAUGCUUAAAUUCAUAUUCAAAUAACUCAAUUUAAAUCAGUUCAAAUUAUAAUUUGAUUAUGCUUGAAUUAAAGUUCGAACCAUUGGAACCAAAAUUGAACUUGAAUUUUAUUUAAACCGAGCUUAGUCAGAAUUAUUUAUAUUUUGGAGCUUUGAAUUGAAUUUGAAUAUCACAUAUAUUUUUAAAAUUUAAACUCAAAUAUCAAUAUUUUCAUAUUAUUCGACUUAGAUUCAAUUGUUUUGCAUCCCUAUUUUUGAUAGUGUGACUCUAAAAAAAGUGAAUGAUCUCUUAUUUCCUUUAAUUUCCUUUUAAUGCGGUAAAAGGUGAACUCCAAGUGUCUCACAUGGUCAGUCCUAUAAUCAUAUGUAGAUGACUUUGUAUUAAGGAGGAAUCUCUUAUUCUCUUUAAUUUCCCUUUAAUUAUAUAUAUAAAAAAUCAUUACACUCACCUCUCUUAUAGCCCCUCCCAUGAAAGAAGGUAAAUCACUACCAAAUGGUUAGGGAUUGAUUUUUACUAAUGAGGUUUUUAGUUCAUUGUUAUUAUCCAAUCCUCUUUAAGUAGAGAUACCUCAAGGUUUUACGUAGAUGGCUUUUUAUUGAAUAACUAGAACGCAUGAUUAAUUAAAUUCUCUUUAUUUUGUUCUAAUUUAAUUAUUUCUUACAUUUUCUUAUGCUAAUCUAAUUGCAUAUAUAACAAUGUUCUUUUACUAUUUCUAAAUUUUAUCAUCAAUAAGUUAUUUUUUUUUGCUAUUGAAGCAUAUCAACAAUAUAGAAAGUUUAGAUUUUGUUUUUAAUUUUUUAACAUUUUACUCAUUCUAAUACAAAACAUUAUCAAGUACGGAUUCCUCUCAUAAAUUAAAAUCCAUAAAUUUAAAAUUUUUGUGAUAAGUAUAAAAGAUAUUAAAGCAUUUAAAGACAAAAAUAAUUUUCUUAUUUAUCUUUUCUGACUUAAAAUAUUUGAAUACAAUUAUAUUCUUAACCCCCUAAAAUAACAAGUCAACAGAUAAAGAAGAUUUCCGAUGCAAUUAUAGAAAUAAAUAUUAGCAGAUAAGGUAUAUUAGUAAAGAUUACAAAAACAAAAAUACUAAAAUUGUUUGAUAAUUUCCUAUAAUUUGGGGGAAUAAAUAUUUAAAUUAAUAAUAAUAAUAAUUCCAAAUCAUUUUAUUUUUUAUUCCAGAUUUGUUCGCAACGAUUAACAAAAAAAUAUUUGCCCAUGUUCUUUCUAUAUAUCGUUGUUUGCGUCUCCAACUUAACCGGCGUAUGUAUAUCAACUGCUGAUUUUUCUCUCUAUUCGUUUGCAACAUCGUGGCCGUCCUAUAACCACGCCGCCGUCGACGUGGAGAAUCUUAACCGUCGGUUGGUUAUCUUAUCCCGCCCAGUCCGCCGCUUUGGGGUUUUAGCGACGGCGGCUGCGGCGGCGAGCAGGCCGAUAAAGCGAAAGGUGCAGAGGAGUGGGCAGCGGCGAGCGGUCGAAUCGAGGUUGGAUUUGGAGCGCAGUGCUCUGGAUUCGUCUCGUUGAUGUUCUUGAGAGGAGCUCGCGAUUGAGUAAGGGAGCAGGAAAUGGCUGCGAUUCCACAUCUGAUCGGGAAGCCACGAGAAGAGGCGGCUGAGAGGAAGCCCAAGAAGAAGCGACACCGGCCAUCUCAUUCGGAUCUCUCCGUGAGAAGAAUCCGCGUGGUGUUCGAUGACCCGGACGCAACUGAGUCGAGCGAAGACGAAGGGAUCCCCCACAAGAGGAAGAGGGGGAUUUGCGAAUUCCGGGAGGUGGUUCCUUCGUCCUUCCCCGCCGGCCUUCCUCCGGAGAGCGGUGGGAGGAAGCGGAAACCGCCCGCCAAAACCCCGCCGAAGGCCAAGGUCAAAUCGUCCGGCGGCGAGUUCUCCGGCAGGUUUAAAGGCGUCAGGCAGCGGCCAUGGGGAAGAUGGGCGGCCGAGAUACGCCACCCCAGCAGGGGCAGGAUCUGGCUCGGCACCUUCGACACCGCGGAGGCCGCCUCCGCGGCUUACGAGGCCGCCGCUCUCAGCUUCAAAGCCGAGGAGAACCAAUCCUCCACCGCCACCACCCUCCCCUUCCCAGUCAAGAAGAAGCACUCCGUCAGCGGCUCCUCCUCCUCCGGCACCGCCACCCUCCGCUUCCGAAUCAAGGAGAACCUCUCAGUCACCACUUCCUCCGCCUCCAUCGAUGUCCCAAUCAAGGAGCCGCCUUCCCCUUCGUCCGUACUGGAGGUCUUCUCUUCCGACAGUCGCUCCUCGGCGGAGGCCGCAGCCGAGCCGGAGGGAGAGGAGGAGUCCUUCGCGGAUCUCUUCAACGCUCUCCCUCUCGAAGCAGAUCUCGCAUUCGAGCCCGACGACCUCCUCUUCUCGGACCAUUUGGAGUCCCAACUGCCGUUGGACGACAUCACCGGCGCCGAAGACACCCCCAUCACCGAUUCAGAGAUCGCCCGGUGGCUGGACUUUGACCUGUAACGCCGUUCAAAAAUUUUGCAGAAUAACCGCCACACCUCCCAACGCUAUUUCUUUCUACUACUUUUUUAUAUAUAAUCAAAAUAAAAUUCAGAAAACAUUUCUGAACUUCAAUAAAAUUCUUCAUCCGUAA